AUUCCAGAUGCUAGUCGUAUAAAAACAAGUAGUGCGAUAUAACGGACGAUAAUUUUGAAACAAGAAACAUCUGUGUGCGAGAUCAAAAAAAAAAAAAACGGACAAGAAUAUAAAUUUUAUUAAUAAGAAAUUAAACAAUGAAAAGUGUAAUUUUUAACACAGUUCUGGUAGCUUCCAUUUUGGCUACCAGCUUUGUAUUGGUGUCCGGCGUUAAUAUUACGUGGGGAACUAUUGGUCCCUAUGAUCACCUGAUUGCCCGAGAUUUUGUACAACAUGAGGCCAAUUGGUUUACUAAACAUAAGGAGGUUGUAAAUUAUCCACCAAAGGGACAUCAAAGCUUUAAGCUGUUGUCAGCCGUACGGGUAUUGGACUUUGGUGGCAAAAAGAAUUUCGGUUAUGCCACACUCCUUAGAGGUGGACCUGGCUUUUAUAACAGCAGCAUUGAAGUCAGAUCCCAAGCCCGCAAACCAUUAAACAUGACCAUUGAAUAUUUCUCAAGAUAUUAGAAAACUACAUGUAUAUGAAAAAUCGAGAAUUAAAUUUAAAAUUAAACUACAAAAAUUAGAAAAAAUUAUAUUUCCGAAAAAAAAAAAAAUAAAAUAUAAAUUCUGGAAUGCUACAACUGAAAACAAUGUAAAAAGGAA